AUGAUGUAUAUUAAAAAGCUUGUGCUGUUUUGUUGUUGUUUUUUUAACGACAAAGGAACAAUUAAUGUUAAAGCGCAAUUUGUAAAAGAAAUUAAAGGAAUAAGAUCCUGCAUCUUAUAAGGAAAUUAAAAAGUGAAAGAAUCGAUGUUCACUCUGAGUUAGAUGUGAAGAUUUAAAAGACGAGAAUGAUGAGUCGGGAGUAAAAUUAAACGGUGAUUCUGACAACAUUGAAUUGUGUCUCUUUACAAACGCUCGUAUUUUUGGUUGAAUCAACACAAGAUCGAAAAUCUCUAUCACGACCGAAAUAAAACAAUUGUGGGCUUCUAUAACUUCAAUGGAAGUCCUUCCUUUUAUAAUUCAUUGAACAUAAACUGAUUAUUUUAGUUAUCAUUCUAGGUUGUGGUAGCAAAAGAAACUUAUCUUUAAAAAACAGUGUUUGCAAUUCCAAUUCCAACAAUACUGUGUAUUGUAUUGUUAUUGAAAAACAUUUGGAUGAAACAUAUUUUAAAAUUAAUAUUUGUAUAACGAAAAUGCAAAGAACUGUUAUUUCAUCAUUUAGGAUCAGAAAAAAGAUUUUGAACAUAUUGUUAAUAUGUGUCAUAGGACUGGUAACAUAUGCUAGUUUACACAUCAUGUUGUCAAACAAUGCCAAAAUACCUGCAAAUAUAAAAGGAAUGCACAUGGCAACGGCGAACAGUGUUCAACAUUUGCUUUUGACAGAACUUGAACAAUUUACUAGGGACAGUGAAAAACAUCAAACAACAGAAAGGAUUAUCCGAAAAGAAUUCAGUGCCGGUUUAAAAGAAGAUAUUGCUCGUUUAAGCAACCAAAACCACAAUAAUAAAGAUAAUUAUGUUCCGCUAGAAAGUCAAAAAACGAAUGUUACAAUAAAUGAAAACAAAAGUUUUCAAAAUAAAAAUGCACAACUAAAAAGACAACCAAGUUGCAGCUCAUGUUUCAAACACAACUUCAAUUACGUGAUACAAAACAAAAAUAUAUGUCAGUUAUAUUCUUCAAAUCAAACAAUAGAAUUAUUAGUCCUCAUCAUGACGACACACAAAAACAAUAGAGCAAGAGCGGCACUAAGAUCAACAUGGUUGUCUGUGACGAAACACAAUAAAGGCAAUGUGAGAUACGCCUUUCUCCUAGGUGAAAUUACUGAUAAAUGGCAAAAAGAAGCUGUCCUGGAGGAAAAUAAUAUUCACCAUGAUAUAAUAAAGGAAGAUUUCAUUGACACAUACAUGAACUUAACUUACAAAACAAUAAUGGGUUUUAAGUGGGCAACAUAUUUUUGUCAGACAGCUCUUUACGUCAUGAAAACCGAUGAUGAUAUGUUUGUAAAUAUUUCAAAUCUUUUGAAAAUGUUAACAGAUACUAAUAAAGAAAAACUACAGACAUCUGUUAUGGGUGCAUGUUUAUCAAGAGAAAAACCUAUACGGAGUAACGAAUCAAAAUGGUUUGCCUCCUAUGAAAGCUAUCCGGAUGAAUUUUACCCAACGUUUUGUUCGGGGACAGGUUAUGUCACAAGCAUGCACGUAGUGAAUAAAAUAUAUUUGAUAUCACCAAAUAUUCCUUUCUUUCAUCUAGAGGAUAUCUAUGUUUCAUUUUGUGUCAGAGCAUUAGGCUUUGAGGCUCAGUCUAUGCCUGGAUUUAAAGUUGACCCAGUGGGAAUAAAUGCAUGUGUUUAUAAAGGUGAUUAUUUGAUAACCGCUCAUAGGAUCACAACACACAUGUUGCAGGACUUAUGGAACAGUAAGUGUGAUAGAAAAUAUAUGAAAUUAUGGUAUUUAUUGGUCAGUCAAUUUAUAAUGGUCAUCGUGAUAAUUAUCUUUUAUGUAGGGGUGUUUUAUAUAUUCAAAAGAUAUACAGACAUAUGCCAAUACUUCACAAGUGUUCGUGAACGUUUUAGAUUACAUAGUUUCAAAUAACAUGCUUGAUAUAUGCUGCCAUUUUAACCUCUGAACACUGGACCUAUUAUGGCCAAGAAAUCGAAGCUGUUAAUGAUUUCAAUUAUCUAUGUACUAUAUUUAAUUAUACUAGUAAAUUCAUUCUUUAUCAAGGACAUUUUAUUGGAAAAGCUUUAAAUUCAAUGAACAUGCUGUUAUGUAAAUGCAAAGAUUAUGAUCUUACUCCAAAAACAUUAUGUCAGUUCUUUAAUGCCUUUGUUUCAUCAAUAUUAAUUUAUUCAUGUGAAAUUUCGGGUUAUUCUAAAUUAAAUUGAAAGAAUACAUUCAAAAUUUUGUAAAAAGUUGUUAAAAGUUAGAUUAAAUACAUGUAAUACUAGUGUAUAUGGUGAACUUGGAAGAUAUCCAUUAUGUAUUCAUAGAUAUGUAAGAAUUAUUAAGUUCUGGUUAAAACUUGUAAAUACAGACAAUAUAAUAUUAAAAACAGUUUACACUCAAAC